AAGGUGAAAAAAUAUUAUUCGAAAUAAACAAGCUUCUCCGCGAUGGAUUGAAAGCCCAGUGAAUGAAUGCAUAAUAUAGCGUUGGUUGAUGUGAGACUGAAGCGGUUAGAUUCAAUUCAUUUGAAUGGAUGCAAUCAGAAAGCAAGCUUCCAAGCUUCGUGAACAAGUCGCUCGCCAACAACAGGCUGUGCUGAAGCAGUUUGGGGGUGGCGGUUAUGGAGGUUCGGAUAAUGUGGUUACCGAUGAGAGAGAGCUACACUUACACCAGAAACUCGAGAAACUUUACAUUUCGACGCGGGCGGGGAAGCAUUAUCAAAGGGAUAUUGUGCGCGGUGUAGAAGGUUAUAUUGUUACGGGGUCGAAGCAAGUUGAAAUAGGAACAAAGUUUUCAGAAGAUAGCAGGAAAUAUGGUGCGGAAAAUACAUGUACCAGUGGUAGUACAUUGAGCAGAGCUGCACUGAGUUAUGCACGAGCCCGUGCCCAAAUGGAGAAGGAGCGCGGAAACUUACUAAAAGCUCUCGGUACACAGGUUGCAGAGCCCUUAAGGGCAAUGGUGGUGGGAGCUCCAUUGGAGGAUGCCCGACAUCUUGCUCAACGUUACGAUAGAAUGCGACAGGAAGCUGAAGCCCAGGCUAUUGAAGUUUCUAAACGCCAGGCAAAAGUAAGAGAAAUGCCAGGCAAUGCAGAGAAUGCUAUGAAAUUAGAAGCAGCUGAAGCAAAGCUACAAGACCUGAAGACAAACAUGAACAUAUUGGGGAAGGAAGCAGCGGCAGCAUUGUCUGCUGUUGAAGCACAGCAACAAAGAUUAACUCUUCAGCGCCUUAUAGCUAUGGUUGAGGCGGAGCGUGCCUAUCAUCAGAUAGUCUUACAAAUUCUUGAUCAGCUUGAGGGAGAGAUGAUAUCAGAACGACAGCGAAUUGAAGCCCCUCCUACUCCUAGUGUGGAUCACAGCAUGCCGCCGCCCCCAUCAUAUGAAGAAGUGAAUGAUGUCUUUGCUUCUCAGGCACAUAAUGGAACAACAGAUAGCAUGGGUUACUUCUUAGGAGAGGUUUUAUUUCCAUACUCUGCUGUGUCUGAAGUGGAGUUGAAUCUAUCAGUUGGUGAUUAUGUUGUUGUACGAAAGGUGUCAAACAGCGGAUGGGCCGAGGGUGAAUGCAAAGGGAGAGCAGGUUGGUUUCCAUUUAGUUACAUUGAAAGAAGGGAGCGGGUUCUGGCAAGCAAGGUGGCCGAAGUGUUUUGAACUUUUUGUUCGGUUGGGUUGGUUUAUAAACCUAGGGAUUUUGUAUGUGUGUAUGUUGUGGUUUUGUAAAUCAAUUUGAUUUGUGAAUUGUGAUAUAGGUGCCAACUUUUUCAUUGUUUUUAUCAAUUAUAUUUUUCAAACAUGAAUAUGAAUGCUUUACUCACAAUAUCUACAUAUUUUGUUGCAUUCAA